GCGGGGCUGGGGCGGGGAGCCCAGGCAGGAGGGGCGCUCCCCCGCCCCCGGAACGGAAUCCUCCCGGGGAGCGGAGCAGGCUCGCGCGCGUGCAUCCCACACCAUCCCCCGGCCCCCGGCCCCGGCCGGCGUCAGACCGAGCUGCCGCCGCCGCCGCCGCCGCCGCCACAGGAGCAGCAGCGCUCGGGGAUCCGGGCCCAGCCGGGGCCGCGGGAGGCGGGGGCGCCCGGGCCCUGGAUGUCCCGCAGCGCGGCGGCCAGCGGCGGACCCAGGAGGCCUGAGCUCCAUCUGCCCCCAGCCCCCUGUGGGGCCCCGGGGCCCCCUGAAACCUCCAGGACGGAGCCAGAAGGGGUGGGCACCAUGAAUAAGUUACGACAGAGCCUGCGGCGGCGGAAACCAGCCUACGUGCCCGAGGCGUCGCGCCCCCACCAGUGGCAAGCAGACGAGGACGCGGUACGCAAGGGCACGUGCAGCUUCCCGGUCAGGUACCUGGGCCAUGUGGAGGUGGAAGAGUCCCGGGGGAUGCAUGUGUGUGAAGAUGCCGUGAAGAAGCUGAAGGCGAUGGGCCGGAAGUCCGUGAAGUCUGUCCUUUGGGUGUCAGCCGACGGGCUCCGAGUGGUGGAUGACAAGACCAAGGACCUGCUGGUAGACCAGACCAUCGAAAAGGUCUCCUUUUGUGCCCCUGACCGCAACCUGGACAAGGCUUUCUCCUACAUCUGUCGGGAUGGGACCACCCGCCGCUGGAUCUGCCACUGUUUCCUGGCGCUCAAGGACUCUGGCGAGAGGCUGAGCCACGCCGUGGGCUGUGCCUUUGCGGCCUGCCUAGAGCGGAAACAGCGGCGGGAGAAGGAAUGCGGGGUCACAGCCGCCUUCGACGCCAGCCGCACCAGCUUCGCCCGCGAGGGCUCCUUCCGCCUGUCCGGCGGCGGGCGGCCCACUGAGCGAGAGGCCCCCGAGAAAAAGAAAGCAGAGGCAGCAGCUGCCCCAACUGCGGCGCCCGGCCCUGCCCAGCCUGGGCACGUGUCCCCGACACCGGCCACCACAUCCCCCGGUGAGAAGGGUGAGGCGGGCACCCCAGUGGCUGCAGGCACCAGUGCGGCCGCCAUCCCCCGACGCCACGCCCCCCUGGAACAGCUGGUUCGCCAGGGCUCCUUCCGUGGGUUCCCGGCACUCAGCCAGAAGAACUCACCUUUCAAACGGCAGCUGAGCCUACGGCUGAAUGAGCUGCCAUCCACACUGCAGCGCCGCACUGACUUCCAGGUGAAGGGCACAGUGCCCGAGAUGGAGCCUCCCGGUGGCAGCGACAGUGAUAGCAUCAAUGCUCUGUGCACACAGAUCAGCUCAUCCUUCGCCAGCCCCGGAGCCCCAGCACCCGGGCCACCGCCGGCCUCAGCAGGAACUUCUGCCUGGGGUGAGUCCUCCGUGCCCCCUGCAGCGGCCUUCCAGCCCGGGCAUAAGCGGACCCCUUCGGAGGCCGAGAGGUGGCUAGAGGAGGUGUCCCAGGUGGCCAAGGCGCAGCAGCAGCAAGCAGCCUCCGUGCCCCCCAUAGCCCCCGCCCUGCAGCCCUUCCCCGCCCCCGUGGGGCCCUUCGAUGCCGCGCCCGCCCAGGUGGCCGUGUUCCUGCCGCCCGCACACAUGCAGCCCCCUUUUGUGCCCGCUUAUCCGGGCUUGGGCUACCCGCCCAUGCCCCGGGUGCCCGUGGUGGGCAUCACACCCUCACAGAUGGUGGCCAACGCCUUCUGCUCAGCCGCCCAGCUCCAGCCCCAGCCCGCCACCCUGCUCGGGAAAGCCGGAGCCUUCCCGCCCCCGGCCAUGCCCACUGCCCCCGGGGGCCAGGCCCGCCCACGCCCCAAUGGGGCACCCUGGCCCCCGGAGCCGGCCCCUGCCCCGGCCCCUGAGUUGGACCCCUUUGAGGCCCAGUGGGCAGCAUUAGAAGGCAAACCAGCUGUAGAGAAGCCUUCCAACCCCUUCUCGGGCGACCUGCAGAAGACCUUCGAGAUUGAACUGUAGCCCGCGCCGCCCUGCCCGCCCCAGCAUCUCCGGGUGCCCCACACAUGGGCGUGGAGGCCCAACCUCUCCCUAGUCCCGGUCCCUGGGGCUGUGCCCCCCCAACACCCCCUCUAGCCCCUUCUCUUGAUCACCCCCCACAACCACUACAGAACCGACAUUGUACGCCCAGAUUGCGACAGGAUGGAAUUCAGGGACGGACCCGGCCUGCCUACGGGACCCAUUUCACUGCCAGACUUAAGCUGGCAAUGCCCUUCCCCCCACCCCCCACCCCCACCCCAGACACAGUGGGAUGGCCACAGUCCCACUGAGUGCCCUCGGUUCAAGCGACACAUCCCAGUUUCUGUUGUUGACCUUCCACCUUCCAGUGUUGGGUGGGAUGGAAAAGGGAUGCCCACUUUGGGACUCCUCUGGGCCCCACACGAGGGCCCACCCCAAGUCUGGUCAUCCCCUCCCAUGCACAGCACAAGCAAAGGGCUUCCCUCUGCCCACCUGCUGCGUUCACUGCCAAUGCUGUGCUCACCCCUAUCACCCCUCUCCCCCACUCGGGGGGGGCACAUCUUCC